AUUGGGAACGAGGUUUUUCUUAAUUGUUUUUCCUCUGGGAAGAUGUGACCCUAUUUGGUGAUUCGUGAGGUGGAUUGCCCUUGGUUUGUGCUUAACUUUGUUAAAAAUGUCAUGUUUCUCAGUAAGAAACACAGGUAAGAAAUUCUUAUUCCUGUUGUACAACAUACUAGCCAACACUUUGUUAGGCUAUAAAUGGGCCAAAAGGUAUGCAUGGACGACAGAGUUAGGGAUUGUAAAUAGUGUUUUUAAUGUUUGUUGAUUAGGUUAAGAGAUUCAUUACAUUUACGUUUAGUUAUUUAACAGACAAUCUUAUCCAGAGCGACUUACAGGAAGUACAGGGACAUUCUCCCUGAGGCAAGUAGGGUGAAGUGCCUUGCCCAAGGACACAAUGUCAUUUUGCACGGCCGGGAAUCCAACCGGAAACCUUCUGAUUAAUAGCCCGACUCCCUAACCGCUCAGCCAUCCGACCCUGUCAUCUGAGACUCAGAAGACAAUCAAUUGAGAACUUUGAAAUAGUUUUACCCCAUCUCUCAGUCUCUGUGAACAGUAAUGUGGAGUCCACCGGAUCAGUAGAACAGCUGUAGAGUGAGGAGCAACCUGACCAUGACAGGCCUUCCAAGGCCUGGGACUGGAGUUGCAGACAUGUGCAAAGAAGGAGACCAACACCUGGAGGCUGGAGAGUUAGGGAGGGCCACCGCCCUAUACACCACUGCCUUCAGGACUCAUGCUGGAUCCACGGUCUCACACAUGAGAAGCCUGGAUAGGUUAAGGCUAUCCGGGGUUAUUUCCACUUUGGAAGACUGGCUCGAUGGGCGUGGGGAUGCCCAGGCGUCCAUGGAAGGCCUCAACAAAGGUUUAGCAGCUGUAUUCCUGUCCACACUGAGCCCCAACAAUUUAUCAGCCUCGCUCUUCAAAAUGGAGUCUGUCCUAAAAAGUGCCAGCCAGGGCUGCGAGGAGAUUUUUGCACGCUGCUCCACUCUCCUGGAAGGAAAGCGAAACCCUCGCCCCGCAGGUGCCACGCGUGUCGUUUUGGAGCUGACUCGAGCACUCGCGUGCCUGUUAUCUCACCCUCACAAUCCCAAAGGUCUGACUCUUUACCUCAAGGCUUUCAGAGAAAAUAAAUCGGAGACGGUGAGACAGGUUACAAGCCGACAGGCUCAACACCUGCCCAAAAUACUGACAGCGUUCUCUGAGCAAAUAUCACACAAACACAUGUUGUUGACUCCAGAGGUGAAGACUGGAAAUGGUAUAAAGGAGGUUGUAGGUUUCGACCCAGCGGACACCUCAGACUUCCUGGAGUUCUUGACGGAAGUUUUACCAGGGGACUCGAGAGUGCAGGAGCUGAGAGCGGCCCAGUUCUUCUCGACGGGCAGGUUUGAAGAGAGUGCAGAUGUUUUUUCGGCCAUCCUUAAUGGUCCGCAUCAGCCAAGUAGAGUCCAGUCAAGCACAGCAGCUCAGGGCAAGGCAGGCCAGGGUCUGCCGCCAGAGAGACGAGCCAGCCUCUUAACCAGCCGGGCGGCCGCCCUCUUCUCAGCAGGUGGGCGGGCCGCAGAGGUGUGCAGGGACCUGGGGGAGACCUUCGAGGUGCAUCCGGCCACAGCCAGGAUGGUCUUUCAGAGACUGUUCGUGGACCAGGGCACGGGAGCAGCUGUCCGCGUCCAGCUCCGCCAGCAGGCAGAAAGAGGUCUGUCUGGCUACAGGGAGAACGUCAUGGCCCGGCCCGACCUGCGAUCCACAGAGGGCGUGGAGUUGCUGGACCCGGUCGUAGCCCAGCUGCGGGCGCUGUGCCACCUGGAGUCCGACGGGGGCGCUAGAGAGCUGAGGGUGCGCCUGGCCGACUGCCUGCUGCUACGAGGCGAACACAAAGAGGCUCUCUCCAUCUGUAGCCAGCUGGCCUCCGCUGGACCGAGCCAGCAGAGCUACCAGAACACGGUCCAGGUGCUGAGAGGUUACGCCCGUCUUCUCUCCGACGACCACCGGGGGGCGCUGGAAGACUUCCAGGCUGUGAUCGAGCACAACGCGCCCCAUCCGUCCAGCUGCGUGCGGGCUCUGUGCGGCCGGGGUCUCCUGAGGAUGACGGGCGGGCUGCACUUCCUCACAGCGCUGGAUUACGCGACGUCGUGUCACAUUGACAUCUUAACCACAAAGAACCUGGAUCAAGAGGAGUAA